AUGGUCAAUACGCACUCGCGGAAGAAGGAUGGAGACGUCGACUUCACUCUGUCUCUCCGUCCUGCCCAGGAAGCGGGUGGCGCGGAUCACAAAACACCGCCAAUCCGACCCCGCGAGCUGCACAAGGCCGUUUAUGUCGUGGCCGACAGACUGUACUUGAGUCACGACUGGCGUGGAUUCCGGAAACUGAGCAACAUCGUCGAGCAUAGCGACGGCGGCCUGGACCCGAUCAGCCGGGCCUCGUGA